CUAGCAUCAAGGCGGACAAUGCUCUUGGUGGACUGUGGCUUGGGAUAGAACUUAAGAAGAAGAUCAUAAUCACUGAAUCUCAUAUCCCACAAACUGGAGGUUUACUGGAUGGAACCUGGAAUGAGGAUUUUCAACUGCAUACUCAAUCUAUUAAUGCCAUCAAGUCCUAUCCAACAUAUUUGUCACCACUACUCUUACAUCCUCCACUGCUACUACAUCCUCCACUGCUACUACAUCCGCUGUUUGCUAAUAGGUGCUGUUUGGUGAGACUUUUACAACAGGACACAGAGAGUGAUGUUGCAAACAUGCAUGAUGUAUUCAGGAGAUAUGUGACUGGGAGGCACCACAGAUCUUAG